UACGGGCUGGGCAAGACUCUACAGUGGCCACAGAGAGGUUGGGUCUUCUUGAAUUUCUCCAGACCCUUUGGAUGAAGCCUAAGAUCUUUAGACCUAGGACUUUUGCUAGAACCGCCCUCUUUAACCAAGAUCUGCUCUGUCCCCACGCCCCAUUUCCCCUGUGCGUAACUAAUUUCGGAGUGCUCUGCCUUUAGGACCUCCCCUUUCUCCCACCGCCGAGAUUGUUUGCCCUUUAUUCCCCUUAGCUUCCCUCGGUGUGACACUCCCCUAGCUCCCUAAAUAUCCGCACACAAAGUCCGGAAGGAAGAGCACUGAGGCUUCCAGUGGAAACUUCAUUCUCACUGGAAUUACUUUCUGGGCGUCACCUGCCAGAGAAUUCCUGGAACCCAUUGGUAUGGGCAGAAUCCGAGCUGACGUCAUCCAGGGGCUCAUAGCAAUUGCUUUGUGGGAAAAGAAUAGAUUAACUCUGGGUUUGUCUUUCUCUGUUGGCAACGACCUAGCCUUUGAGUUCCUUUCCUUUGGCAGAACAUGCGUGUAUGUUUUCUUUGAUCCUGGGGAAAUUGAUGCUGAAUACAAAACAGCCUUGAGAGUAUGAGGCUCUCGCCUCCACUGGCCACUCACUCGUGACCCUUCCACCACGGCGGAACCUUCCAAGCCCACCUCCUGCCGUGUGGUGAUCUACCUGAAGCGGGAGAUGUCGGGGGAUACCUGUCUGUGCCCAGCGUCAGGGGCCAAGCCCAAGCUCAGCGGCUUCAAGGGAGGAAGCCUGGGCAACAAAUACGUCCAGCUCAAUGUGGGUGGCUCCCUGUACUAUACCACUGUGCGGGCACUAACCCGGCACGACACCAUGCUCAAGGCCAUGUUCAGCGGGCGCAUGGAGGUGCUGACUGACAAAGAAGGCUGGAUCCUCAUAGACCGAUGUGGAAAACACUUCGGCACCAUUUUGAAUUACCUCCGUGAUGACACCAUCAUCCUCCCUCAGAACCGUCAAGAAAUCAAGGAAUUGAUGGCUGAAGCAAAAUAUUACCUCAUUCAGGGCCUGGUGAACAUGUGCCAGAGCGCCCUACAGGACAAGAAGGACUCCUACCAGCCUGUAUGCAACAUCCCCAUCAUUACAUCCCUGAAGGAGGAGGAGAGGCUCAUCGAAUCUUCCACCAAGCCUGUGGUGAAGCUGCUGUACAACAGAAGCAACAACAAGUAUUCCUACACCAGCAACUCCGACGACCACCUACUGAAGAACAUUGAGCUGUUUGACAAGCUCUCCCUGCGCUUCAACGGUCGUGUGCUCUUCAUCAAGGACGUCAUUGGCGAUGAGAUCUGCUGCUGGUCAUUCUAUGGUCAGGGUCGUAAGCUGGCAGAGGUGUGCUGCACCUCCAUUGUGUAUGCCACAGAGAAGAAGCAGACCAAGGUGGAAUUUCCAGAGGCCCGAAUCUAUGAGGAGACACUCAAUGUCUUACUCUAUGAGACCCCACGAGUCCCUGACAACUCCUUGCUGGAGGCCACAAGCCGUAGCCAUAGCCAGGCUUCACCCAGUGAAGAUGAGGAGACCUUUGAACUACGGGACCGCGUCCGCCGCAUCCACGUCAAGCGCUAUAGCACUUAUGAUGACCGGCAGCUCAGCCACCAGUCUGCCCAUCGUGACUGACAAGACCCUCAGGGAGUCAGGGCAGGGGACACCAUAUCUCCCCUCCUGUGGAACCCUGCCCCAUUGGCCACCCCACGCUGCUGCUGGCUGGGUCUCUGCUCCAGCACUCAGAGGCAUGACAAGCCCUGCCCGGGAGGUCAGAGGGCCUGAGUAGGGGAGGGGCCCUAUUCCCUUGUCCUGCUCCCUGAGCACUUCAUGAUGACAAGUCCUGGCCCCUUUGCUCAGCAUCUCCCUGCGUGCCUGACUGGGAGCUGCUUCUGCCCCUGGGGUGAAUGGAUUAAUCUGCCCACCAACUGCCAAGAACAUUCCCCUUGGCCUUUUGCUGAUGCCUCUUUGCUCAGCUGAGGCCCAUGGGGAGUGGGGUUGUUCUGUGGAAAAGGUGGCUGCUGGUGCUGUGGAGGCCCAGUUUCUUGGAAGGUGGGGCUCCUUUAUUCCUAAGGUGUUUAAGCACAGGCUUGAUGAGGUUAUUAUUUUUUUUUUUAAUCUAGGAAACGAAUAGUUUUAGGUCUAAUAGUGAGGGGCUGGGUAUUUUUGCUACCCCUGCAGGAUGCCAGAACCCUAGGUAAGGCAGAACCCUGGGUCCGUCUCAGUUCCUUUGGGAUCUGUUUCUUUAAAGCACUUUGUACUUUUGUUCAGGAGAUUUGUAUUCUUCCCUGACCUGUUGUCUUUUUUUGAUCCUGAUCCCCUCUUCCCUGCAGAAUCAAUCUGAGGGAGGAGAUAGAAGAAGCAGUAAAAACAAUGACCAGUUUUGGCUUUGCCAGGCUGGCCAAGCAGCCUGCCCAGAGCAGGCUAAGGAAGGAUGUAUAAGUUGGGACCUGUAGUUCUAAUAACGCCCCUGUGAGAAAGGACAUUUUACCCCAACAUCUUAGUCACAUAACUGACCCCUAGGGUCUAACAUGAUCGCUCCUUUUGAUUCUCUUGCCCUCAGCUCCAAGGCAUGCUGUCCUUAGUGUAAAGCCAAAGAGCCAUUUCAGGGGCCAGGAGCAUGAGCCACAGCAGGAAGGCUAUGGAGCCCACGGGCACUGAAGAGUUCAUUCUCUGCAGCCCUGUGCAGAGACUGUGUGUGCUUGGCCAUACAUCCUGUGCCCCCACCCAUGCUAUUGGUUUUGUGUCCUGGCUGGGGAUGGUGGUUCUUUCCUGGGUGAGUCUCUAAACACAGGAUAAUGUGAGCAGUCUAAGCCCCUUGAAAGGUUUCUCCAUUUCUUUCUUGUUGGGUAACUUGGUCAUGGAGAUGCCAAGCACCAGCUCUUGGGCAAGGAUACAAGUUCCUCUUCAGGGCUUUGGUUUUUAGGGCUUUGGUUUUCAUUCUGUUUGGCUUUGCCCUUGAGAAGCUGCUUAUCUGAAUUCCUUCCCAAAGGAAUGCCAUCAGGAAGGAAAUGUCCAGCCAGUCUAACAAAUAACAAAGCAGCAUACCCACUCAUUUGGGAAGGGACAUAGGUUAUCAAGUGCAUCUCAACUACUCUUACAGUAAGCCCCUAGGUGGCUGUGUUCAUGGCUGAUCCACAGAACCUAUAGGCAGAUGCCUGGCCAGGGUUAGGAGACACUCAACAAGGACCUGAAAUUACAUAAUGGGGCAAGGGAAAUGUGACCCUAAUCAGGUAUUUUACACUUGUCACAGUUUUGAAUGUAUAAAGACUUUCAGGUGAGGGAGCCUGGUGAUCUGCUAUGACAGUUCUUCCAGCCCUCAGUGGAGUAGUAAGAGGACAAAUCCAUUUUGGGCCAGAUUCUGGCUUUGGUUUUGGGCCUUUCUCAGAGCCUGGAUUAAUUCUGAGGCCACUGGCCUAAUUCCUUAGCUCCUCCUGAAGCCCUUUAAUACUCAAAGUCCCAGCUUCCCACUGAAGUAUUUUGACUGUCCUUUGACCUUCACUGCCCCUGUAGCAUCUUUACUGCUCUGACAUUCAAAUCCUCUUCUGUCUCAAUGGUGACUAGUCUUUCUUCCUGAGCACGAUAGUCUGGAACUCUAAGACACUUUCUCUGAUUGAAAAUAUCUCCUUGUUCUUAAGAAAAAUACUAACAUUGAGCUCACUGAAGUAAUCUUAGCUUUUAAGUUAGACUUUGUGGUGUAAGGGCUUGGAGAAUUUUGAGUUUCCCAGCCCCAUUCAGAAAGCAGCUCUUGGUUGUAUGAAUUUUUCAACUCUGAGCAGCCCAGGGGAAAAGUAAACAAAAAAUGUGGGUGAAGGUCAAACCUUCUCAUCAGUUUCUCAGAAAACUAGAAGCCUACUGUUAAGGACACAUACCAGUAUUGGGUUUUAUUGUUUGUUAUCUGACCAAGGUCUGCCUCAUAGAUGGCACAGAUCCUGGCCGGAGGGAACUACUUAUCAUACAACUACAAUUCUUUGUUGUUCAGCAUAGGUGAUGGAAACAAACACUAAUUUCUAAUAAAAUUGUUACACUACAGUGGUACAGAGCUGUGCUUACAGUGAGUAAAGCUUGGUCAGCUCGCUGCUAUGGA